AUGGAGAUCGACAUGACAGCUCCCGUGACGACGCGGGUCAACCCCGGAGAAGGACCCAACUGUGAGAACAACUUCACCAUGAGCUUCUACGUCCCCGCCGCCCACCAAGACAACCCGCUCACGCCCACUAAACCUAACAUGCACAUCGAAGAGGUCCCCGCCGCCCACCAAGACAACCCUCCCAGGCCCACCAACCCUGACGUGUACAUCGAAGAGAGACCGGAACUGCACGUCUUCUCCAGGUGGUUCCAAGGGUUCGCCAGCGACAAGACCUGGUGUCAGCCGGCGAGGAAAGCAUCUACUUCCAGACUUCGUUAUCAUUGA